AUGACUUAUGUUAUAACCAAAAUUCUUCUGUUUUCUGAUACACACGGACAGGAGCUAACUCCAAGACCCAUAGAUGAAAAGGUCGACGUCGCCAUCCACUGCGGAGAUCUCACCGAAGAGUCUAAGCUAGACGAAUUCAAACCAACACUACGAUAUCUUCAACAGCUGAAAGCAGACUUGAAGUUGGUCAUUGCCGGAAACCAUGACUUCACCCUCGACACCCCAGCCUUUCGCAAACUAAUAAAGAAUGCGAAGCCCCCAUUAGAGCCAGAACUUGUGCAAAAGACCUACGGUGAUUAUGGAGAAGCGAGAAGACUGAUUGAAAGUAUGAAGCCGGACAAUAUAAUAUUUCUCGAUGAAGGCUCAUAUGAAUUCACUCUUCGCAACGGCGCGUUGAUGAGAGUAUAUGCUAGUCCGUUCACUCCAUCGUUGAGUGGUGAUUGGGGGUUCCAGUAUGACCCAAAGGAGGGCCAUGAAUUUACGAUACCGAAAAAUACCGACGUGGUAAUAACCCACGGGCCGCCACUGGGGGUUCUUGACUAUACGUGCUCGCGCAGCAGGGCGGGUUGUCCGGCGUUAUUCCAGGCUGUGGCUCGCGUGAAGCCUCGUCUUCAUUGCUUUGGACAUAUUCACGAAGGCUGGGGAGCUAAGCGAGUAGCUUGGAGGGAAAAGCUUACCCCGAUGCCAUCGCAUUUGACUGAUAUUGAUAAUUCGAAAUCAAGAGUGUUAGGGACUGUUUCACAGCUGAAUAGUGCGCGUAAAAAUUGUGAGUUGUCUUGUUACUUUGCUGACUGCUUUGCGCCUGAACCGGAUCAACAGACUUUGUUUGUUAACGCUGCAAUACAAGGUAUCGAAUCGAAUCAAGUAUCCUGGGUUGUUGAGAUUCCUCUCUCAAAGGUGUGA